UUGUGUCAGGACGUCCUGAAGGAUCCAGUCUCUACCAGCUGUGGACACUGGUUCUGCAGACAGUGCAUCAUCUCAUACUGGGACCAGUCUGCUUCUUCAGGAGACUCCUCCUGUCCCCAGUGUGGAAAAAGAUCCAGAACCAGAGCUGGACUGCAGACAGACAGUCAGACCAGCACUGUACAAAGUAAGACUGAAGAUCUGUCUGAGGUUUUAGAUGAACAUCAGAUCAGUCUGAGCAGCACAUGUGAAUGUGUGACUCAAGGAACUGAUGAAGCAGGAACUAAAACCCUCCUCAUAAGCAUCUUCACUGAGGUCCACAUCACAGAGGGACAGAGUGAAGAGGUUAAUACCCAACAUGAGGUGAGGCAGCUUGAAACAGCUUCCAAGAUGAAGACCCUCUAUGACGCUCCAAUCAAGUGUCAGGACAUCUUUAAAGUCUUACCUGACCAACAGGAAACUGAAGAGGUUAAUACCCAACAUGAGGUAGUCAGAGUGGUUCUGAUGAACGGCGUCGCUGGCGUUGGAAAAACCUUCUCAGUACUGAAGUUCACUCUGGACUGGGCACAGCGCUCCAACAACCAAGAUAUCAGUCUGCUGAUUCUGUUCUCGUUCAGGUCGCUGAACUUGAUCAAAGAUAAGCAGUACAGUCUGCUCAUGCUGAUCCAUGUUUUCUAUCCAACAUUACAGAAGCUCACAGCAGAGAAGCUCGCUGGCUGUAAAGUUCUGUUCAUCUUUGACGGCCUGGAUGAAAGCAGACUUUCACUGGAUUUCAACAACAGUGAGGUCGUGUCUGAUCUCACACAGAAGUCAUCAGUCAGCGUGCUGUUGACAAACCUCAUCCAGGGGAAGCUGCUUCCCUCGGCUCUCAUCUGGAUAACUUCCCGACCUGCAGCAGCCAAUCAGAUCCCUCCUUCAUGUGUGGACAGGGUAACAGAAGUACGAGGCUUCACUGACGACCAGAAGGAGGAGUACUUCAGGAGGAGAUUCAGUGAUGAAGAGCAAUCCAGCACAAUCAUCUCACACAUCAAGACAUCCAGGAGCCUCCACAUCAUGUGUCACAUCCCAGUCUUCUGCUGGAUCACUGCUACAGUUCUGGACCACAUGUUGACUACAGACCAGAGAGGAGAGCUGCCCAAGACCCUGACUGACAUGUACUCACACUUCCUGCUGGUUCAGACAAAGAGGAAGAAGAACAAGUAUGAUGAGGGACAAGAGACGAGUCCACAGGAGCUGACGGAGGCUGACAGGAAACUUCUUCUGAAGCUGGGGAGGCUGGCGUUUGAACAACUGGAGAAAGGAAACCUCAUGUUCUACCAAGAAGACCUGGAGCAGUGUGGUCUUGAUGUCACAGAGGCCUCAGUGUUAUCAGGAGUUUGUACACAGAUCUUCAAAAGAGAGAGUGUGAUCUUCCAGAAACCAGUCUACAGCUUUGUUCAUCUGAGCAUUCAGGAGUUUCUGGCUGCAGUCUACAUGUACCACUGUUACACCAGCAGGAACACAGAGGUACUGAAGGACUUCCUGGGAAAAAAACACAAUUACUCAUCACUGGAUGACUUCCUGAAGGGAGCCAUGCAGAAAUCUCUCAGAAGUAAAAAUGGCCACCUGGACCUGUUUGUCCGCUUCCUUCAUGGCCUCUCUCUGGAGUCCAACCAGAGUCUCUUAGGAGGCCUGCUGGGUCAGACAGACAACAGUCCAGAAACCAUCCAGAGAGUCAUCAACAACCUGAAGAAGAUGAACAGUGGUGAUAUCUCUCCUGACAGAAGCAUCAACAUCUUCCACUGUCUGAUGGAGAUGAACGACGGCUCAGUACAUCAGGAGAUCCAACAGUUCCUGAAGUCAAAGAAGAGAUCAACUUACCUCUCUGUGAUCCACUGCUCAGCUCUGGCCUACAUGCUGCAGAUGUCAGAGGAGGUUCUGGAUGAAUUUGACCUGAAGAAGUACAAAGCAUCAAAGGAGGGACGACAGAGACUGAUCCCAGCUGUGAGGAACUGUAGAAAGGCCCAACUUCAUAACUGUGGACUCUCAGAGACUCACUGUGAAGUUUUGGCCUCAGCUCUGAAGUCCAACUCCUCCCAUCUGACAUAUCUGGACCUGAGCUACAACAUCCUGUCUGAUUCAUCAGUGAAGCGUCUGUCUGCUGGACUGGAGAGUCCAAACUGUAGACUGGAGACUCUGAGCUUGUAUAACUGCAGUUUGUCAGAGAUCAGCUGUGAUUAUCUGGCCUCAGCUCUGAAGGACAACCCCUCCCAUCUGAGAGAGCUGAAUCUGAGUGUCAACAACCUGAAGGAUUCAGGAGUGAAGCAGCUGUGUGGUUUUGUGGAGAGUCCAGACUGCAAACUGGAGACUCUGAGAUUGUUUCAGUGCAGUUUGUCAGAGAUCAGCUGUGAUUAUCUGGCCUCAGCUCUGAAGAACAACUCCUCCCAUCUGAGAGAGCUGAAUCUGAGAGAAAACGACCUGAAGGAUUCAGACGUGAAGCAGCUGAUUGAUCUUCAGCAGAGUCCAGACUGCAGACUGGAGACUCUGAGAUGGAAGUAUUGAUCUCUGUCAGAGUGAGAGUGAACAUCCAGGAGUGUUGAGAGAGGAUCAGCUGGAUCCUGAUGAUCCAUCUGGAGUCUGGAUCUGGAUUUUGUCGUCUUCACUUAAGUCUCUUAACUGACUCCAAACUGAACAGUUAUCUCUGGAUUUAGCUGAAGUCAGCACUUUACAGAUUAGUUCUACAUGAGCUGUUUGAUGCAGAAAAGAUAAAAACAGGUGUUUUUAUCCUGUGUGGAGCUUCAGCUUCAUGUUUAACAUCUAUUUUUAUUGUAGUUAUUUUUCUGUCUUUGUGUUUAAAUGACUCAUAUUUGAUUGAAUCUGUGUUCUU